AUGGAGCGCUUUCGGGUGGAGAUGGAGGACGAUGCUCCGGCGGUGUACGAGGAGGCAGGCCGGCGAAUUCGAGAAGGAAAGUUAGUCGCGUUUCCUACGGAGACGGUGUACGGGUUGGGUGGGAACGGACUGGACGUGGAGGCAGUGAAGAGUAUUUAUGAGAUGAAACGUCGUCCGGCAGAUGAUCCAGUAAUUUUGCACGUGAUUGAUUUCCAAGACGCCGUGGAGUUGUGGGACCUGGCAUUACCGUUGCGGAGGGUGAUAGCGGGUUUGCAGGAAGCAUUUUGGCCUGGGCCGUUGACCAUAGUGGCCAAGGCCAACAGCCAGGUCCCCUCUGAGGUGACGGCCGGAACAGGAAAGGUAGCGGUAAGGUGCCCCGCCCACCCGGUGGCGAGGCGUUUGAUAGCCGCAGCCAGGGUCCCGAUAGCCGCACCGUCCGCCAACCUUUUCAGUCGUAUCAGCCCGACCAGAGCAGACCACGUCGCUAAGUACUUUGUCAACGAAGACUUGAUGUUAAUUGACUGCGAUUCAGAUGCUUGCACCAUUGGCAUAGAGUCUGUGGUGAUUUCCGUGGAAGAAGACAGUAUCCACAUAUUGCGUCCUGGUGCCAUAUCCAGAGAUCAAUUGCAGCAAGCGGCUCCGGGUAUCCCCGUACAUGAUAAGAUCAUACCGAUCGAGCCGUCUGCCCCUAAGGAUGCCGUAGUCGCUGCUGAGUGUGAUUUUGCGUCUUCGUCACCUGGACAAUGUUUAGUGCAUUAUUCACCUUCGAUACCGACUUGUUUAAUUAUAUUGAACGACGCUGAGAAAGGCUUGAUUGAUACAGAGGCUGGUUGUGAAGAACGAGAGACGCUGCACUACGAUUCUGCUGACUUGGAGCGGUUGCUGCCAUUGCCGCUUUCAAGAAGUGCUGUUAUUGAUCUCUCUGCAAACCGAUUUGGCUUCUUGAAGUCCAGCUGUUUAUAUUGGAAGUGUCUUUGUGAUGCAACCCACGAUUUGUUUGCGACCUUCCAUGAGAUCGAGGACAUGAAGGUCCCGGAGCGUCUGUACAUAUGCACCACCAUGAAUGACUGUCAUACCAACCAAGGAGUGCUAGAUAGAUGUAUUAGAGCCGCUGCGCACCACGUGAUUCACUGGAGUCCCGCCAACAAGCGUGCCGUGUCUCAAUGA